AUGACGUACAAAAAGAUGAACACGGUCUUAGCGAUAACAUCUACGGGAGGACGAUGGAUAAUACGUACUAUAAGAGUACCGAGAAAUCCUGAAAUCUCAUGGGGAGCUCAUAACGCAAUAUCAAAUAUUUUGGUUGCCAUUCCAAAGUACUGUCAAGAUCAUUCGAUUCGCGUUGCACUCAUUAACGUUGCUAAUGAUCAGGAUACUUUUCCUCCAUCUUACAAUAAACCAACGAAGGGUGAGGAGGUGGAGGCGUAA